CAGCGCAGAGGAGUGUCUAUUACUUUCACGAGUGUUGCUGAGCAUGAUCAUUUCUGCUACGCGUCGUUGCUUACGAGUAAGCCGCGCUAGGACUGCUAGUAUAAGUAGGGCCGCUGAGACCAUUCGUCAUCGCUGAAUUCGGGAGUCUCGAGGUCACGAGUCGCGCCUUCCUCCCAGCUUCAUCCACACACCCGCCGUUAGCACGCGACGUGGCGUCGCGCCGCCCCAUCCCUUCCCAUUCCGAAGGAGUCCUUCGCCUAUUAAGCUUGGAACAGUCUUAAACCCCAGUCUCCAAAGCCCAUGACCCCACCCUCCGCGAGGCGCGGAGCGCGUGAGGACAACGAGGAACCGUCGGCGAAAUCGCUCAGGGCUGUCACUGCGCAGCGCCCCGUUCACCGGCGAAUCUCGCCCUCCCUUGUCGCUGCGGCGGGGGAGCGGGCCGUCGCACUCCGAGUCGGAGUCGGCGGAGUCGGAGUCGCCCAACCGCAGCGGCGGCAACACCUGGCGGCGGAUCCCAACUCGCCGGAGCGUCGCACCGGGACGGCUUUUUCGCAUAAUCAUCGUCCGACGAGUCGUCGACAACGACACGACGAUGGAAGCCGCGAUCGAGAUGACCGCUGCUGGGGGAAUCGCGGCGGCGGGCGGUGCGGGAUCGCGCGCGAUCCGAGUCGCUCAACCGGGGCGCUGGCCCGUUUCGAGCUCCGCGGCCCGGCGACAAACGCCGGGGGGGGCGCGGCUACGCUCGAUCAAGUCGAUCAAGCGCCGCGCGUUGUUGGUCCUGCGGGAGGCCGCAGCGGCUGCGACGGAACGGCCGCGACCGCUUGGUCGCCGCUGCGGAGCGUGCGACGCGUGAAUUCUCGCCCACUGGCAGAAACGACGAUUCUGGGACCUGAUCGAGCUGCAUUGACUCGCGACGCGAGCUGGACUUGCCCGGGGACGGAGGCAAGUGACGCGGCGGCGUCAGCGGCGGCGGGACGGGGGCUGUUUUCGGCGGAAAGAGCAACGCCAGUAGUAGAUCAUGCUCCUGGUGCGGGAAGGACGGCUGCAGCAGCAGCAGCAGCAGCAGCAAGAAGCAGUUUUGAUCAACUGGCGAGUGAGUCGAGCCGCCUCACGUUUCCGGGAGGCUUGGCGGAGGGCCGUGGGCAACAAGGGUCGUCUCACUCCGAAUCGGCGCGCAGUGACGCCCUCGACCGGCGUCACGGCCACAAUCACAGCGGUCUCGGCGAUCUUGGCGAUCACGGCGAUCACAGCGUGACGCGAGGGGGCCCGGGAGCGCUGCUGGCAACGAGAGCACCCGAAAGCUUCGACAAGCUCCUGAGCCUUCGCCGCGCGGCGCUGCUACAGAUCCGGGCGCCACUGCCGACAGCGUCGCAGGCUACAGACGCUGCUACUAUCACCGCCAACAAUGCUGGUGCCGCAAUCGCCGCCGUGACUGCUGCUGCGCGGUUUCCCCCAGCGUUGGACGCGACUGCUGGUCCCGCUGGGACGGCGACUGCUGUGGGGCGGUCAGCUGUUGCCGGUCGAGCAAACGUGCAGCAUCAGCAUCCGACUUGCGAUGGGAGGGAACAUGUCAGUGCGGACGCCGAUAUGGCAAAUGGUGGUUACAUCGGUGGUGGGGCCGGCGCAGGGCAAGGCGAAGGAGAAGGCGAAGGUGGUAACCACAGGUGUAACAAGGCCAGCGAUCCAUCGCCAGCUGUGGCGGCACAAACCCAGGGUGGUGGUGGUGGUGGUGGUGAUGGUUGUGGUAGCCCCAGCAUCAGCCCCCGCAACCACGGCACCACCACUAGUGCUACCAGUCUCAGUAGCCGCAGCAGCAGUGGCAGAAUGGGGGGUGGUAGCAGCAGGCAGAGAGGCGACGGGGCAGUGCGCGCCACUGCCCCCGUUCGCGACCUCGUGCAGUGGAUCAGCCUACCGGCCACCACCACCACUGCUACCACCACUACUACCACUAGCACCAACACCAGCACCUGCAUCGGAGCUGCUGCAGCCGCUGCUGCUGCUGCUGCUGCUGCGGCGUUCCCCGCGCCAGCCUUCCCCUCCAGCAGCACUGGAGCCUUCCCCCGUGCUUGUGACCCCGACAACAGGCUGAUGGUGUGGAAUGCCGCUGAGGCCGCUUCGCCCCCUUGCCAUCACCUCAAACACUGGGAUAUUUCCCGAAUGCUCGUGCAUGGUGGUGGAGGUGGUUGGGGGAGCCAUGGGGGGGGACCCAUGCUCGGCAUGCUGACUGCCUCUCUGCCCCCUUCUACUUCGGCUGCUUGUGCCGUGCCCGUGCGCGUGCCCGUGCCCGUGCGAUCUCCGUUUCGAGUUGCUGGUGCGACAGCUGCGGCUGCUGGUGGUCUCCCAAGGAAGGGGCGAGGGCUUGCCCACGCAUGGCCCGCUGGCACAAAGGAGCAUCAAAUGCGAUCUAAUCUGGGACCUUCUGGCGCUGCUGCUGCUGCUGAUGCUGCUGGUGCUGGUGCUGCUGGUGCUGCUGUGGCGGUGUCGCUUCCCUCAGCAGCCAUGGAUCCGGGCAGUGGGGUCCGUGACAAGGGGGCCUGCCCCAGCGGGCUGAGUGGGCGCAAGAGGCGGUUGCGGGGUGACGAGGGGCACGCGGAUUGCGAACCCGGUGCUGCGAGCACCGGCGGCGAUGGUAACCACGGGAAGCGAGAGGUGAUGGGGACAGGUACAGGCGAAGGUGGAGAAAGUGGAGAGAGGGGAGAGAGAGCAGGGUGGGGGAGAGGAAGAGAGUAUGGAGGAGAAGGGAUGGGAGGAAGCAGAGGGGGAGGAGAUGGGACAGUUUUGGGCACGUGGAGUGCGGCGAGCGGAAGUGACAGAGGGAGAGUGUGGGCGGGGAGACGGGACGAGGGGGAGGGGACAGGUGAAAGGCGGGGUGGAGUGGGAGAGAGGCGCAGAGGGCCGUUUGGAGCAGGGGAGGAGACGGCUGGGGGCGAGGCAGGGACGGGCGAGGAGGAGAAAGGGGAAGGAGAGGGAGGGGAAGGAGAGGGAGGUGGAAAAGUGCAGGGCGGCAGAGCAAGCGGGGAUGAUAGUCCCAACUAUGCUGUACCGGUGACUGCUCUUCCUGCUCCUUCUGCCCCUGCAUCUGCUGCCCCUGCCCCUGGUGGCCCUGCUGCUGCUGCUGCUGCUGCUGGUUACUUUGGUGGUUACCGUGGCGAUGGUAGUGCUGGUGGUGAUGGUAUCGAUGCUGCUGCUGCUGGUGCUGGUGCUGGUGCUGGAGUUGCUAGUGGUGCAGGAGCGGCAGUCAGCGUCUCUGGGGGAGGGCUGGAGGAAUGCCUGCGGUGGUGGUUGGGGGGCGGUGCUGCAAGGAGGGGGAGAGCAGCAGCAGCAGCAGAAGCAGCAGCAGCGGAUAGCAGCACACGUGUGGGAGCAGCUGGAACGGUUACUGCUACCAGGGGAAACACUCCUAUGAUGGCCGUGCCAUGGGAUGCUGCUGAGGCAAGGGGGCAGAAGCGCAGCGCGGAGGGUGAUGCCAGCGGGGAAUGGGGGCGCGUGAGGGAUGCGGGAGUGUGGGUGCAGGAGCGGAUGGAUGGUCGCCUGCUGUCCGCCCCUGUAUUUGAUACUGCUGCUGCUGCUCCUGCUGCUCCUGCUCCUCCUCCCACUGCUGUAGCUGCUUUUCAUGUCGCACCACAGCAUUCUGCUAGACCGGGUGCACCAGCCCUCCCCGCAUCCCUUCCCUCGGACUGGCUUCAGCUGUGGUCCGUGGACUCACACGCAGUGACAACUGGGGAGGAGGCAGGCCGAGGGGCGGCAUGUUUGGGAGUUGCUAAAAAUGACUCAGAGGACUCACGUGCAGCGGCAACGGGGAAGGAGGCGGGCCGAGGGGUGGCAUGUGGAGGAGAAACCGCAGAGGGGAGAGGGAGAGGGUGCAUGCAAGAGGAAGAACGGCAGGAAGAUGUGCUCCCGAGAAUGCUGCAACCUACCCGCGCUUUCACUCCUGCUUCUGAUAGUGCUGCUGCUACUCCUCCCGCUACUGCUGCUGCUGCUGGUGGAGCUCUAGCUGAUUUUCCGGGAGCCCAAGAGCCAGACCUCCACUGUGCCGCUGUCCCUUCCCACCCCACUCCUCGCCCCCAGUCCUCCCCAUCCCGAGUCUCCGCUCCCAGCAGCACUCUCAACCCACCAACUCUCCCUGCUCCCCCUUUCCACUUCCUCCUGCGCCCUUCAUUGUCCGCCCCUCUCCCUGCCCCCUUCCCCACUCCCCUCUCCCCGUCAUCACUCCAGCAGCAGCAGCAGCAGCAGCAGCAUACCCUGUCAGCCUCACGCACCACCUUGCGCCCUGCUUUCCCUCCCGGGCAGCAGCCGUCUCGCCUGCUGGAGCACCUGCAGUCCAUUCUGCAGUCAUCGCACGGCGUAAGCUCAGCACUAAGGGCGGUGCUUGGCCAGGGCGGCAGGCACCUAGCCAGGUGUGCGGGAGCAGCAGCAGCAGCUGAAUCAUCCGCUGAGGCUGAAGCUGCUGGUGCUGCUGCUGGUGCAAGGGACGAGUUUAUGGGAGAGCCAGAGGGAGAGGUAAGGAGGGAAAUAUGGGGAGGAGAUAUCAGGAGAGACGCAAGGGGGUCGUUGAGGGGAGGAGGACAACCAUCUGGUGUGCUUAUAGGUGGUGCUGCUGCUGAGGCCCAGGGGAUUCCCGCUGAGGGCCUAGGUGUGACUGUAGCUGGUGAGAAUGUAACGGAGGCGGCUGUUGACCCCGUAACUGAAAGCUUGAGCCGUGUGCAGGCAAUUCUACAGGCACAAGCACAAGCACGGGCACAGGCACAGGCACAGGCACAGGCACAGGCACAGGCACAGGCACAGGCACAGGCACAGGCACAGGCACAGGCACAGGCACAGGCACAGGCACAGGCACAGGCACAGGCACAGGCACAGGCACAGGCACAGGCACAGGCACAGGCACAGGCACAGGUACAGGAGCAAGCACAGGGAGCCAUACAGGCGAGUGUUUCGGGUGAGCCGGUCGCGUUUCCAGGGAGGCUGCGCGUGCAGGAGCAGCAGCGGCGGGUGGUGGUGCGCACCGAGUGCGGCGAGAACGAGGCGCUGAGGGACGGGCACAAGUGGCGCAAGUACGGCCACAAGGAGAUCAAGAACUGCCCCUUCCCCAGGAGCUACUACAAGUGCGGGCAGCAGGGGUGCAGCAUGAAGAAGCACGUGCAGCGCUGCCCCUCCAACCCCGCCAUGGUCGUCACCACGUACGAGGGCGAGCACACCCACGACCACGCCCACGGCAGUACAGACGACUCUGCUGCUGCAGGGCCCGCAGUGGGAGGAUCGCCGGGCGGGACAUCGCUGCGUGUACCGGCUGUGGGAGGGGCCAUGAGAGGGGCAGUGGGAGGGGCCGGGCCAGGUUCUAAGGGAGAGGAGUCGAGCCUUCUUCAAGCAUCUAGCUCCGGCUUCACCGGGCCGGUCCUUGCCCUCCCUGCUCCUCCCUCUGCUGCUGCUGCUGCUGCUGCUGCUGGUGCUGGUGCUGCCCCUGGUGCUGCUGCUGGUGCUGCCCCUGGUGCUGCUGGUGUUCACGAUGCGAGCACAGGGAUGACAGGCAGUGCAUCAGAGAAGGAGACCUUCCGUGACGUUGCACUGCAGCAGAUGCUGCUUCGGCUGCAGCAGCAGCAGGAGGCAAGCACGGUGUGGGGCAGCAGUGGGGAAGGCAGGCCAGGAGACGGUGAUGCGGUUGCUGCUUCUGUUGGUGGUGGGCGCAUCGGAGGAGGCAGUGGUGCUGGGGGUGGUGGUGGUGAGGGAAUGGAGCACAGGGUGGUGAGGCAGGGUGGGGACAGAAUUGAGAAAAUUGGCGUGGAAGGAACAGCGCAGGAAUCAAGGUCACCUGCUGUUGCUGCUGCUGCUGCUGCCGCUGCUGCCCCCGCUUCUCUUAAUGCUGCUGCCACGGCCUCUUCAGCUCUUUUGGCUGCUGUUGCUGCUGCUGCUACCUCUGCUGCUGCUGGCAGGGGGCUUUUGCCUGCGGUAACCACACGGAGCGGGUGGGCAAGACUUAUGGCAAUGGAGGCAGCCAAGCAGAGGACGAGGCACACGGGUGCUGCAUCUGAUGCUGCUGCUGGUACGUCUGCGCUUGCUGCUGCUGUUGCUGCUGCUGCAUCAGCAGGAGCGCUGGCGAGUGGCUUUUCUCCUUCUCACCUGCCUGCAAACACUUGGAAGAAGGGGGAUUCUGCAGGUGUUGCUGCUGCGCUGCCCAGCAGCGAGACGUAUGGAACGGGUGAGGCUGCAAAGUUGGGAGUGAAGACAAAAGGCCGGGUAUCUAGCGAGAGCGGAGUUGGGGAAAUUCCUGGAGCACCAGCAGCAGCAACAGCGGCGGUUAAGGCUUGUGGGAGCUCCAACUCGCUCCCAGCCUUCCCUCCGUCACUCGACGUGAGCCCCAGAUCAGCGUCUCAGCUCCAGCUCCACACACUCGAAUCUAUUGCCGCACACACCCAGCCCCCCCCAUGCUUCCCUCCUCCCCGGCCCGUCCACGCUCACUCCCAACGGGGCAUUGCUGCAGGGGCCAACACCAGGAGCAGGUCCAACACUGACCUCCCCACCAGCAGCAGCACUGCCACCAGCACCAGUGCCAGCACUGGUGCGCAGGCUGUCACUGCAGCAACCACAGGCACAGGCACGGUCUUCGGCAUGGGCAUUGAUCCCAAUGCUCCAGACUGGAAUGCUGCCGCUGCUGUUGCUGCUGCUGCUGCCACUGCUGCUGCUGCUGCUGCCGCUGCUGCUGCUGCUGCUGAGGGGCGUGCACCUGAUCCCAACCCUAGCAUCGCCACAGCCUUUGCUCCCAGCGGCUACUCUCCUAGCCUCAACCAGGCUCUAAUCGCCCUCACUGCUUCGACCCAUCCCCUCGCUUGGCAUCACCAGCAGCAGCCACUGCACCUCAUCCUUGCAUCCCCAUGCGCCCCGCCCUUCCAUGCACUCACUUCGUCCUCUGCGCCUGCUGCAGCUUCAACGGCAGCAGCCACUACUAUGACAACUGUAGCAGCUGAUGCUGGUGCUGGUGCUGGUGCUGGUGCUCUGGCGACUACCGCCUCUCCAUUCAACGCGGCACAAGCUGGAGGCACAGCCGCUACGGGGACAGUGCCAGUCACUGGAGCCACCAGAGCAGCAGCGCUGACUCGCUUGGCUCCCCCUUUUGUGUCUUCCUCCCUUGUGUCACCACCUGACGCCAGGGAGAAUCAGAAGCCUGUUUCAGGUGCCGGCUUGCCCCUGGCAUCUGUUUUUCUCUCUCUUGAAGAUGCAGAGAGGGCGCAUGCACACACCCAUGCGCAGUCACUGAUACAGCCACACGUUCAUUCACCUGCAGAAUUAGCAUCUCAAGCAGCAGCAGCAGCAGCAACAGUAACUGCAACAGCAACAGCAACAGCAACAGCAACAGCAACAGCAACAGCAAUGGCUGCCAAUAGUCCGGGGCCUAAGCUAUUUGGGAAGCUGCUGCAGUGACCAAUUUUGCGUAGACUGGGAAAUUAUCACUGACUCGCCAUCUCAUUUUUGACAUUUUAGGUCAAUCUCAUACAUCCGCCAGCGGCCAGCACCAGUAACCCCCAUCAGGAGUAUCAUCCCAAUUUUGCAGCAUAGGGAAUGUUUAGGGGCUUUGUAGAGAUCUGUGGAGUUGCGUUUGCACUUUCUAUUAGUGCAUUUUGCACUUAGCAGAGAUAUGUGAAGCCGAGAUUAGUGCAUUUAUGUUUCACGAAUGCUAUUUUUGUUUUUUUAUUGUUUUCAAUUAUUGGUAGC